AUGUUGAAGAUUCAAGACUUUGACUUUGUAAAAGUCGUAGGAGAAGGAGCCUUUGGGAAGGUGUAUCUGGUGAGACCUAAGAGAAAUCCAAUGCUUAUUUUUGCAAUGAAGAUACUUGACUUUGGGGAAAUCCUUAAGCAGAGGUUAGCUGACCAGCUCGAAAACGAAAUUUCUAUUUUGAAAAGACUUUAUGGAUGUCCAUUUGUUGCAAAGCUGUAUUCAACAGACUUCCAUCGUGGAAAGGUGGGACUAACUCUGGAGUAUGUUGGAGGAGGCGAGCUGUUUUAUUGGCUCAAAAAGUGUGGGAGAUUUGAUGAGAAGAUGACUCGAUUCUAUGCAGCAGAAAUCGUUUUGGCUUUGAAGUUUAUACAUGGAAAAGGGAUUCUCUACAGAGACUUGAAGCCCGAGAACAUACUGAUUACGUCUACAGGACACAUAAAGCUGAUUGACUUUGGAUUUGCAGUCUACGAAAACGAGAGUAUAUAUAUGAUUUCGGGGACUCCGGAGUACAUGUCACCGGAGAAGCUGCGGAGCGAAGAUGAUGGACGUGCAAGCGAUUAUUGGGGGCUGGGAAUUAUAAUCUACGAAAUGCUAUGCGGAGACCCUCCAUUCUACGAUGCAAGUGCUGACACCAUUUAUCACAAGAUACUCGAAUGCCAGAUCGUUUUCCCCCAUUAUGUAAGUCCUGUUGCAAGAAGCCUGAUAUCAGGACUAUUGGACAAAAGUCGAACCACCAGACUAGGAGCCAAGGGAAUAUUCGAAAUAAUGAAUCAUCCCUUUUUCAAGGGAUUGGACUGGGGAGAAAUAGAAGAUAGGACUGUAACACCACCGUUCAUCCCAAGCCCGAGCUCUGUCCUCGGAUUUUCAGGAAGCAGCUCGGAAUACAGUAGCAUAGAUUAUGGAGAAACAGCUGUUUUUAAGCCAUACAAGUAUGUUAAACACUUUCGAAAGGACAAGAUACCGAAGCGGAUAUAG